AUGGCCUCAGGCGCUGGUGAGUGCCCCGGGAAGGCCAGCAAUUACCGGGUGGACCACCUCCUCAGUGCGGUGGAGAGUGAGCUGCAGGCCGGCAGCGAGAAGGGCGACCCCACGGAGAGGGAGCUGAAGGUGACCCUGGAUGAGAACGAGCUUUGGCAGAAAUUUAAGGAUCUUACAAAUGAAAUGAUAGUGACGAAGAACGGCAGGCGCAUGUUUCCUGUGCUGAAAGUCAACGUGUCCGGGUUGGACCCGAACGCCAUGUAUUCUUUUUUGCUGGACUUUGUGUCUGCGGACAACCACAGGUGGAAAUACGUGAACGGGGAGUGGGUCCCCGGAGGGAAGCCUGAGCCUCAGACUCCCAGCUGCGUGUACAUCCACCCAGACUCCCCAAACUUCGGAGCGCACUGGAUGAAAGCUCCGGUCUCCUGUAGUAAAGUGAAACUCACCAACAAACUCAACGGAGGCGGUCAGAUUAUGUUAAAUUCCUUACACAAAUACGAGCCACGCAUCCACAUCGUGCGCGUCGGAGGCCCGAGGAGGAUGAUCACCAGCCACUCUUUCCCAGAGACACAGUUCAUUGCAGUGACAGCAUACCAAAACGAAGAGGUAACUGCUCUUAAAAUAAAGUACAAUCCUUUUGCCAAGGCCUUCCUGGAUUCAAAGGAGAGAAGUGAUACCAGAGACAUCAGAGAAGAUGCCAAUGAAAACCAACAAACAACUUACUCUCAAUUAGGUGGCUGGUUUAUUCCUGGCACAGGCUCCCUCUGCCCUCCUGCCAGUCCCCAUGGCCAGUUUGGGGGUCCCAUCUCCCUUUCACCAUCCCACGGCUGUGAACGCUACUCCACCCUGAGGAACCACCGCUCUGCCCCGUACACCAGCCGGUACGCCCAUCGGACCAACUCGCCCACUGGGUACUCCGAUAACUCAUCAGCUUGUCUGUCCAUGCUCUCAAACCAUGAUAACUGGUCCAGUCUGCAGAUGCCAUCACACUCCAGCAUGAUGCCCAUGGCCCACAAUUCAACCUCUGGUGCCAACUCUAGUCAGUACACCAGCUUGUGGUCAGUGAGUAACUCACCCCUGACCCCCGUGUCCCAGAAUGGAGACUUAAACAACAGCCUGACAUCCCAGGUCCUGCGAGGGUCCAGCAACUACUACCCAGGCCUGGCUCACUCAGUCACAGUGCCCUCCUCUGGCUCUUCCAUGUAUGACAGCGGCGCAGCCACAGAUGUGCAUGACACAGCUCAGUAUGACGCCUCUCCACACGCGCGAAUCCCAUCAUCCUGGACCCCUGUCACACCUCCGUCCCUUUGAUGGGAGGGUGCUGGGAUAGAGAUGUUUUCAGGGAGCUUGAAUUAAUCUAAGAUCUUUUCAAUCAAACAAAUAUCCACUUUUCUGUUGGUCAAAUAAAAAUAGAGUUCUUGAAGUGAAAGGUUUACUUUAUAAUGUUAUAAAACACGUACAGUUUACAUAUGUAUUAUAAUUCAAUAUUUCAUAUAAAGUAUAUAUUUUUGGUUGAUUUUCCACCAUAUGUUGAUGUUCAGCAGAGCAGCAAAAAGUAAAUUUUAAUAUUUGUGACCAAAAAACAUUUGAACCUGCUUAUAUUAAGCAAAAAUCCAUGAUAUUCACAGAAUUAAGCAAAAAAACAUAUACAGCUGAAAAUGUAAACAUUGUUUAUAGUGUAAAUGAGAAAGCAAUUGAGGAUUAACAUGUAAAUAGAAUGAUGAAGCUUUUUGUGCUUCCAUGACCCUGUUUGAGUUCUUAUGUUCCAGAUGAUUUUAAUGAUUAAAUCAGAAAAGAAAAUGUAAAUACUC